UGCUGUCGGUCCCUCCCCGGGAGCAGGCGCUGCCCACCCAAGGAGGCGACCGGCGCUGCUGCCCCGCUCAGUCGCGCACAGCCCGCGCCCUGUGCUUGCAGGUUGCUCAGACCUGAGAGCUCCGGGGGAACGCUCAGCAUUGGCGCCGCUGCCUGCCGCUGCUGGUGGGAGCGGUGAAGAAGAGAGAGGGGGUUGGUUUUGUGGUUUUCUGUUUUUUGGUUUGUUUUUUUUUUUUCCCCUUUUAUUCCAUGGAUAUGAACUUGGAGUCUUUGGACCUCGGCGGUUUGGGAAUAUCUACAUGCUGAUCCUCUUUGUUGUGGCACAUCAGCUCGUUUGGGGAAACCAUCCGAAGGCAGCAAGAUGUUUCUCGUCGUCUUGUACUUCGCUUUGCCCUUAGUAGAUGUACUUCUGUCCGCAGAAGUGAGCGGGCUGCCUGGAGGGGACCGCCUCGAUUGCGUGAAAGCCAGCGACCAGUGCCUCAAGGAGCAAAGCUGUAGUACUAAAUACAGGACACUGAGGCAGUGUGUAGCCGGCAAAGAGAGCAACUUCAGCCGGGCGACAGGCCUGGAGGCAAAGGACGAAUGCAAAAGCGCCAUGGAAGCUCUCAAACAGAAAUCUCUGUACAACUGCCGCUGUAAGAGGGGCAUGAAGAAGGAGAAAAACUGCCUGCGCAUUUACUGGAGCAUGUACCAGAGCUUACAGGGAAAUGACUUGCUUGAAGAUUCCCCUUAUGAGCCAGUAAACAGCAGACUAUCAGACAUAUUCAGGCUAGCACCAAUUGUAUCAGUGGAGCCAGUACUUUCAAAGGGGAACAAUUGCUUGGAUGCAGCAAAAGCUUGUAACCUAAAUGAUACCUGCAAGAGGUUCAGAUCUGCUUACAUAACCCCCUGCACCAGCAGCACGUCUAAUGAGAUCUGUAACAAGCGGAAAUGUCAUAAGGCCCUCCGGCUAUUUUUUGACAAAGUCCCCCCAAAGCACAGCUACGGGAUGCUCUUCUGCUCCUGUCGAGACGUAGCCUGUACAGAAAGGAGACGGCAGACUAUUGUUCCUGUGUGUUCAUAUGAGGACAGGGAGAAACCAAACUGCCUGAAUUUACAAGAAUCCUGCAAGAAGAAUUACAUCUGCAGAUCUCGCCUUGCAGAUUUCUUCACAAACUGCCAGCCUGAGUCACGGUCUGUUAGUAGCUGUCUGAAGGAGAACUAUGCUGACUGCCUCCUCGCUUACUCGGGGCUUAUUGGCACGGUGAUGACGCCAAACUACAUAGACUCAAAUAGUCUCAGUGUUGCCCCGUGGUGUGACUGCAGCAACAGCGGUAAUGACAUAGAUGAAUGCCUGAAAUUUCUGAAUUUCUUCCAGGAUAACACAUGCCUUAAAAAUGCAAUUCAGGCCUUCGGCAACGGUACUGAUGUGAACGUGUGGCAGCCAAUCUUACCAGUACAGACCACUACAGCCACAACUACAACAGCUUCCAGAGUUAAAAACACAGGUUCGGAGACCACCAACAAUGAAAUACCCACCCACAACGAUUCACCAGCAUGUGCAAACCUGCAGGCACAGAAGAAGCGGAAAUCCAAUGAAUCUGUAGAUACAGAGCUCUGUCUUAAUGAGAAUGCUAUUGGGAAAGACAACGCAGCAGGAGUCUCCACCAGUCACAUAUCUUCGGAGAAUUCACCUGCUGUUCCUACAAGCUUCUAUCUAAGCACACCGCUCACUCUGAUGACACUUGCACUCUCACUCUGUUUGUUCCUAAGCUCAUCAGUCGUCUUGUAGCUGCAUUGCAAAAGGACGUGUUAAAAAAAAAAAAAAAAAAUCUGUUUCCUGUCCUCUGUUGUUUAUCUGGAAUUCCAGAUCUGGGAGCUAAGCUGAGGCACUCCUGCUAGAACAGUUUCAGUCAGCUGGAUUUUUUUUUUUUUUCUCUCUCUAAAAAAGCUUCUUGUGAUAUUUAGAGGCUUUGUGAAAUACUUGGUGCAGUGCUACAUUCCAAACCCAAAAGGCUUUUGGGCAUGCAGUGUUUUAAAGAGACAGUGUGUAAAUUUGCCUGUGAAGCGACCUGGUUGGAUUAUUUUAAUAAUAAUUAUUUUAAUUCUGGCUUUUACCAGAGAAGGAGGAUGGCAGUUUUCUUAAGAUCCUGUUUAUCUCAUUGAAUGGUUUUGGUUUUCAAAUUGAUUGAACUUCAGGCUAUCAAGGAUGCCAGGUGUUUGUCUAAUGGUGAAUGUUCUCCCAGAGAGUGGACUUUAUGAAACUUCUUCACUUGAUAAAUUGCUACUGAUGUUAAACUCUUUCAGUGUAUUAGCAUUUUCCUCUUUAAAUGUUUACGUACUGUAAGUGAUUCUGCGUUCCCCGCCGAGAAGCCAUUAUAAUUCACAUACAGGUGUAAUGUACGUCUUUCAGUUAUAUUCUCAUAAAAAUAGAGUGUGGCAUAGAACUUUCUAACAGUACAUUUAUCUCUUAAUUAUAAUCAUCUAGCCUUAACAAGGGUGGAGAUUCUUUCAAUUAACAAGAAGCAGCCAUUGUGAAAGCUUGAUAAAGAUCUGUUUCUUUAAAUUUGAGGAUAAACGGUAGAAACAAAUUUUGCUACAGGGUUUCAGCUGUACAGUCAAUGGUCUUCUAUGCUUCCAUUGUGGUAAUAUAGUCCAGUUAUGAUACUGUUUGUUUAAUAAACAAAUGACAUACAAUUUAUUUGCUCUACUAAACCAGCAUUAUCUGUUUAUACGUAGCUGAUAAUGUCAGCUCAAAAAAGUACAGGAACUUCAUGCCUUACUUCUCUUAUCACAACAUUGUAGAGGGAAAAGACGUAGUAGAAUAUCAUUUAAACUGUGUUUUAUUUCUAAGACUGCUAAAAUCAACACAAAAGGAUGGUUGAUCCAAUUACAAGGCAGCGUCAUGCACACUCACCCCUCUGACAGGCUUUUCGCACCCUGGCAGUUCCUACUGCAGACCUUGGCAUCACUGACAUGAUGAACUGUUUGCAAGACCAGUUCCAUAAAUUGUUUUAAUGGUUUGGAUGGCAAUAUUGCCGGUAUAUAUGAUUUGAUCGCUUUGGUUUUCAUUCAGUGGCAUUGACAGCCUGUGCUGGCUCACGGUGAUUUUCUGUGGUAUCUAGAAGGAAUUCUUUAAAGCUGUAAAUGUCAUCACAUGGGCAGCAUUUCUCCUAAGGGCUGUCUUUAUACCUUACUGUGAUGGCUUGUUGACUGUUCCAAGCAGUUUUGUCUAAAUUAUCAACAGUAAUCACUUUUUGUUUCUAUUGAAAGUAGAAGAUAACUUCACCAAGCAAGGAGUUCAUCAUGUUGAAUUUACAGAUUUGCAUGGAGACUUACACAAUGAUGCCCCGUCCUGCUCUGAAAUGUCCAGAUCAGUUAUUUGCAAUUCAACUAUAAAGUAUGAAUAGCUGUUUUAUAACCUGCAGUGAAGCUUGGGAGUGUGCAAAAUUCACGUCUUACUAAGAGAUCAUUAAACCUAUUGACAAGUUCAUCUUUUGCUUUUUUUCUUAGCUAAUAAUAAACACUUUCAUAAAUUCUGAAA